UAAUAAUCUUUAUUUUUUUUUUGUUUAUUUGAUGAAUAAUAUAUAUCAUUUCUCUUGUACUCAUCUAUUUCUUUCUAGCCCAAAAUCUUUAAAUCCAACUCUUCUCUCUCUCUCUCUCUCGACAACACUCUACUCCUCUGAUCUCACAUCGGCGCCGGCUCAUCCCCACUUUUGCCGUUCGUUGCCACUUCUGACAGUGUCUUCGUUUCUCUCUUCUUACCUCCAACCUCCAACUGUUUCCUUACUUUGAAAAACUCUCUCAUCAAGCCCUAGCCGCCGCUUGGUGAACCAGAAGAGACUGAUUGGUUUCGGUUAGGUGAAAAAGCAGAUCACAGAAGAGAAGAAAAGCAUGUCUCGGAUUCUUGUUCAGCCUGUAGGUCAAAAGAGGCUCACCAAUGUCGCCGUUGUCCGUCUCAAGAAGCACGGUAAUCGCUUUGAAGUCGCUUGUUACAAGAACAAGGUCCUCUCAUGGCGAUCAGGAGUAGAGAAGGAUUUGGACGAAGUGCUGCAGUCGCAAACCGUUUACUCCAAUGUCUCCAAAGGGGUUUUGGCCAAAUCCAAAGACUUGAUUGCUGCAUUUGGGACGGACGAUCAGUCCAAAAUAUGUUUGCAGAUUUUGGAGAAAGGAGAGCUUCAGGUUGCUGGGAAGGAGCGGGAGUCUCAGUUAUCCAGUCAGUUCAGGGAUAUUGCUACCAUUGUUAUGCAGAAAACAUAUAAUCCUGAAACUCAACGCCCUUACACCAUAACCAUGAUCGAGCGCCUUAUGCGUGACAUUCAUUUCGCCAUUGAUCCCAGUAGUGCCUCCAAGAAGCAGGCACUGGAAGUUAUUCAUGAACUUCAGAAACACUUUCCAAUUAAAAGAUCUCCAAUGAAGUUAAGGCUGAGUGUUCCUGAGCAAGGGCUUUCUACUCUCAUGGAAAAUUUGAAUUCAUGGAAUGCUAAACUGAUUUCUAAGGAUGAUAAAUUAGGAACCCAACUAUCUUGUAUUUGUGAGUUGGAUCCUGGCCUUUACCGCGACUGUGAGGCCUUGAUGAAUAAUCUACAGGGAAAGUUUGAAGUUCUUGCACUUUCCAUUCAUGCGGAAGGAGACGCUCAUUUGGAUCAAUAUGACGAGGAGGAGCAUGAAGCAUCACACUUGCGCAAGGAGAAGGAGCCACCGACUGAUUCUGUUGCAUCGAAGAAACUGAGUGAAAAAUUGCAAAAACAGACUAUCUCCACAAGUGGUGGUGGUGAAGAAGGAAAGCAAAACAAAUGCAGUACAUGUAAUGCGGUUGUAGGCGAUUCGAGUAGUGAGUACAGGGAGCACUUCAAGAGUGAGUGGCAUAAGCAUAACUUGAAACGUAAGACUCGAAAUCUCCCCCCUCUCACGAAAGAAGAAUGCAUGGCUGACAUCGAAAUAGGCGACUCGAGGGCAGAUCUGAAGGAUUAUUCAUUCUAGACAUUUUGAGUACUCGAUGGAUUUUCGGUCAAGUUUGUUUUGCUUAAAUACUUUUUUGUGUACAUGAAGUUUGUUUCUAACAUUUAGUAGUUUGAGUUGGAAGGAAAUCUAUAUGUAUCAAAACAUUGCUAAAAUAUGAGCUCGUUUCGUACGUUGUAUUAAAUCGUAUUGCAUUGUAUGAUAUUAAAUUGGAUUAUAUAUCAUAUUUUUAUAUAA